CGUCGGGCCGGUCCCAGCCUCUGAGCUCAUGAAUAAUGCAGCUGCCAAACUUUCUGCGCCGCCCAGGAGUGUCUUUUGGGGAGGAGGGGAAGGGAGCUGAGUUGGGGCACUCCUAGCUGCUUCUGAGGAAGGGGUGGCUCUCCUCCCUCCUUUCAGGAAAGGCAAGACCUUUUGGAGCUGAAGCCCUUUUUGGGCUCCAGGGCUUUCAAGGCCAGCAAGACUCCCGAGGAAGAAGGAAAGGGCCCCUCCGAAGUGACUUUCGCCGCGCCAACCUUCUGCCGCUGCCUUCGCUGCCAUCAGAACCUUCAAGGUCCGAACGUUCCAAACCGGAAACCUCUCCAGAGUCGGAACGUUCGCAAUCAGAACGCGGAGGAUCUGAACGUUCUCCUCUUUGCUGCCGCUUCCCUGGCCUUUCUUUUCCUGUUUCACUUUCCUGGGGGAAGCGUCCCAUCUCCGCCUGCCUCGCCCGGAAAGAGCGGCACCGGCCUUGGGACCAAGAGCGGCCCAAAGGGUGGCUCUUGCUGUUGUUUGGGGCUUGUUCCAAGGAGAGAGAGAGAGAGAGAGAGGAAGGGGCUGGGGACUUGAGGCUUGAAGGGCAGCUCGGGAGAAGGGAGGCUCCAGGAAGUUCCUUUGUAACUUUGGGACUGGGAACUAGUUGGGAGAGCCUUUGGGUCCGGCCCAGAUCACCCCCUUUGAGGCCGCUUUCACUGCCUCGGGCUCAGGGCUCCUGAAUGCUGGGAAUGGGAGUUUCCUCUGGGACCAGGGCUCUCUGACUUCAGAGAAGGCUCCUUGUCUCAGAAAAGUUGUUUUGGGGGGAGAAGGUUGGCCGAAGGACGUGCCUUUGGACUGUUAAUGAUUCGGAACUAACUAGUUGGGAGAGUGGUUUGGUCCUUUCCAAAGAAUCUCUCUCCUUCUCUUCUCUCUAAGAGCUCUUUUGCUUUGCUGCACAACUAUUCUGGCAGGAAGGGAGUUUGGACAAGUUUGCAAAAGGAGAUCUAGGGCCUGGGGGCUUUGAUUCGCUCCAGGUUCUUUUUCUUUUCUGGGGCUCUCCUCUGCUUUCCUCUUUUCUCUCUUUUCUGUCCUCUGCCUUGGGGUCCCUUCCAGGUGGGAGAAUGAACCCCGCUCCAGUGCCUCCUCCUCCGCCAGGCCAGCAGGUCAUCCAUGUCACCCAGGACCUGGACACGGACCUGGAGGCCCUCUUCAACUCAGUCAUGAACCCGACGCCCAGCUCAUGGAGGAAGAAAAUCCUGCCGGAGUCCUUCUUCAAGGAGCCGGACUCGGGGUCCCACUCGCGGCAGUCCAGCACCGACUCCGGCAGCCACCCGCCCCGCCUCAGCGCCAUCGGGGCCCACCACGUCCGCUCCCACUCCUCGCCGGCCUCCCUGCAGCUGGGCCUGGGGGCCUCGGCCACCGCCUCCUCCUCCUCCUCCUCCGGGUCCCUGGCUCAGCAGCAUGCUCACCUCCGGCAGCAGUCCUACGACGUGACCGACGAGCUCCCCUUGCCCCCCGGAUGGGAGAUGGCCCUCACCCACACCGGCCAGCGCUACUUCCUCAACCAUAUAGAGAAAAUUACAACAUGGCAAGAUCCUCGAAAAACCAUGACUCAGCCACUGAAUCACAUGAGCCAUCAUCCUUCAGCUACUUCUACUCCUGUGUCUCAGCGAUCCAUGGCGAUGUCGCAACCCAACCUUGUAAUGAAUCACCAACACCAGCCACAAAUGACACCAACUACAACUAUAUCCCAGCAGACCCAUCCUACUCCAAACCCUCAAACUGGCUUGUUGAACAUGCCGAAUGCAUUGACUUCCCAGCAGCAACAUCAGCAGAAGCUGAGGCUUCAGAGGAUCCAGAUGGAAAGAGAGAGGAUUCGCAUGCGCCAGGAAGAACUCAUGCGCCAGGAAGCUGAUUUGUACAGACAACUUCCCAUGGAAUCUGAGAACCUGGCCCCAGUUCAGACUGCUGUAAGCACACCUAACAUGACACAAGACAUGAGAUCAAUUACAAAUAACGGGUUGGAUCCCUUCCUGAACAGUGGGCCAUACCAUUCCAGGGAGCAGAGCACAGACAGUGGCCUAGGCUUAGGAUGUUACAGCAUACCAACUACACCUGAAGACCUCCUCAGCAAUGUAGAUGAGAUGGAUACAGGAGAUAAUGUAGCACAGACUCCUAUGAACAUCAACCCACAACAGUCCCGUUUUCCUGACUUCCUUGACUGUCUUCCAGGAACAAACGUUGACCUUGGGACAUUGGAGUCUGAAGACCUGAUCCCCAUUCUCAAUGAUGUGGAAUCGGUCCUGAACAAAAAUGAGCCCUUUCUCACCUGGCUGUAAUGAUGAUGCAGCAUCUCCUUUACCUCUAGAAAUGAAGGCAAAGCAUCCUCAAGUCCUUCAGCUAAGCAACCUGAUGCAUUACUGACUUUUACCAGAACCAUCUUUAUGUCUGUGAAUCUUGGUCUAGAUUUCACUGGCAAUAACUUAAGUAUGAAAUAUAUGCAAAUAUACAUAUAUAUAAAAAUAUAAAUAUAUAUAGAUAUCUAUUUUUAAGAAUUAGAACUACUUUUAUUCAUCUAUAACCGUUCCUCUUUACUUACAUAGAAAUGUUUUGAGGACAUGAGGUUCUUUUUUUUAUUUUUUGGCACCAUGUCUGAACUUAUGCUUACUGGUUACAACAGUUUUAAUUAACCAAAAUAGAGCUGACUGCGAAAAGCUUUAUACUGCAGAAGGCUACUUGGUUCCAAAAAAUGGUGAACAUAAGUUGACUGCAGUUCUACAACUGUAUUUAUGACUAUUGUACCAAAUGCUUGUUAUCUAUAUAACCUGAGCUUUAAAAAAUCCUUUUUUUUUUAGUAUACUAAUGCUGCAUGGAAUACACUGCAGCACUUUUCUUUUUAAUGAAAAUUCAGCCUGGCCAAGAGGGCUUGAGUUCCUUUUUUUAAAAAAUUAGCAAAGGCAGAAACAGUGCUAUUUCCAUUUAAUGGAUGGUUUUGAGGUAAGGAAUACUUUCAAACUGAAAGUCAGUGAAAUGUUUUAGUUAAUAGUUUUACACUACAAUAUUAUAAAACAAAUCAGGUUUGUACAAAUUGCUAGCACACACACACACACACACACACACACACACACACACACACCUGAGUACAAACAUAUCAGGGUUUUUUUGUAACACCAAAAUAUACUUUAUACGUUAAAAUACACUACAGUUUUACAUUGGCACAUAUAAACAAUAUACUUUUAGUUUGUGUCAAACGAAAACAAAACAAAUACACACUGAAACACAGUAUCAAUUCAAGACAUAAAUAUGGCACAGUUUGAUCUUACUGAAUGCAAUAAAUCUUGUGUAAAUCAUUCUUAUUGUUUUUUUAAAGUAAUUAUGUAUUUUGUUGGUCAAACUUUAAAAACUAGAAACAGAAGCUUCACUUUGUCAGACAGGUAAUAAGCCAACUUACCUUUGUAAGGCUGGGAAAGAUGCUAAGAUUCUUAGCCAAUUGGUUGUUACUUUACUGGGAAGCAAGGCUUUAUAUUUGUUGUACACCUACCAAUACCUAUCAUAUGCAUAUGAAGGGUUUUAAAAUAGCUGAUAAUUUGGGACUGAGAAUGCAUCAAGGACUUUAAAUCCUCCCUUCCGCUGGAGUGCAAAUGACGUCCUAAGAUUCUUUAGUAUUUUUAACUGAUGUUGUUAUUAUUAUUAUUAUUAUUAUUUAUAAUCUAUGAUUUUUUUAAAAGCUUUUUUAUAUUGAAAUAAAUAAUCUUUUUAUGGAAGGCAUUAUAAUUAAUACAAGCCUCUUAAUACAUGAUAUGCAGGGCAAGCAAGAAGCAUAGCACAUUCCUGUGCUUCAAGCUCAAUUGUAAACAAUGAUUAGUAUUCUGAAAUAAUGGACAGUGGGCUGGGUGAUUCUCCUCCUUGUUUUCUGUCUAGUUGAGAUAAAUGCAGGUGAAAUGAAUGCUAGUUUGAAGUUGCAGGAUAGUGACCUUAGAAAGAGAAUGACUUUGAGGGGAAUAGGGUUAGUGAUGCUGGAGUUUUAACAAAGCUCAGAGAAGUUAUUUUUUUGGACUACAGCUCCCAGGAUUCCCAUGUUAUUGGCGUUUUAGCCCAAACAAUAUCUUUGCUAAGCUAUGAGUGUUUAGAAAGACAGAUCCAGGGAAUUGCCUAUACUGAGAACAACCAGAGAUCAAUGAAGUACCUGUGUAUACUACCUUUUGGGGGGAAAUUGUUGCUUGAAGGUAGCUGUUCUGGCAGCACCAUGUUUUUUUAUUUUUUGUUUUCUUUUACCUUUUAAACAUGAGCAAUGAAAGAUCAAAAGCAAUGAAGUUCAAUAUCUGAUUCAGAAAUGUCUAUUUGGUAUAUAUAUAUAUAUAUAUAUAUAUAUAUAUAUAUAUAUAUAUAUGAGGGUGGUCUGUGGGGAAGUAGGUGCUUAUAGUUUAGUUAUUUUAGCAGGGAAUUACAUCUGCAUAAACAUAUUUUCAGUCCAUGGGCAUUUUUCUCUCCCUUCUGUUUUACAGAGGUCUCUCUUCCCUAAUUUGUUCACUUAACAUUGUUCACUUAAUUAUUAAGAGAACAAAAAAGUUUUUCAAAUGAAGUUAUUGCAUUUUCCAUUAUUUGUGGAUAUCAGCCACAACAUGAAAAGCACCAGAGCUAAGCACUGUGCAAGUUAAGUCCAGGGAUUGUUUGCUCACUUAGAAGGUGCAGAAACAAGGCUACAGUUCUCUGCAUCCUUCCAUAUAAGAUCACUUGCUUGUGCAUAGCCUUUUUCAGAUUUAAGAAUUUUUGAGCCAUUCUGUGGUGUAUCGGGUUUUGCUGAUACUGUAGACUGCCAAAAGACAAAUAAAUAGGUCCAAAAGCAAAUCAAGUCAGAACUCUUCCUAGAAGCUAAGGUGACUAAGCUGAAACUAUUGUAUUUUGAACAUGAAGUGAGUAGAUAUGAUUAUUUGAAAAGAUGAUAAUGCUUAGGUAGAAGGCAGUAGGAAAAGAAGACGACUUCGUUACCGGGGGGGGGGGGGGAGAUGUAAUCAAGGAAGUCACAGCCUGAGCUUGCAAGACCUACUGAUACCAGGAAUGACUUUCUGACUGGUUGAGAUAGAUGCAGGUGAAAUGAAUGCCAGUUUGAAGUUGCAGGAUAGUGAGCUUAGAAAGAGAAUGGCUUUGAGGGAAAUAGGGUUAGUGAUGCUGGAGUUUUAACAAAGCUCAGAGAAGUUACUUUUUGGACUACAGCUCCUGGGAUCCCCAUGUUCUUGGAGUUGCAGCCCAAACAACAACUUUGCUAAGCUAUGAGUGUUAGAAAGUCAGAUCCAGGGAAUUGCCUAUACUGAGAACAACCACAGAUCAAUGAAGUACCUGUGAAUACUACAUUUUUGAUGGUCUCUUAUUUCUUGGGCUCACCAUAAGUCAAAGCUAACUUGUCAGCAAUUAACAAUAACAGCAAUGUUUUCAAUGAUCAAGGAGUAAGCUGGGCUCAUAACUCUACCAUAAACCAGUAAAAAUAGUUAAUGGGAGAUGGCUGACAUAUAUUCCUUAGGAGGAAUUGAUAUGUUUACAUUUGAAGUGCAGCUUUCAAAAAGUUCCCUUUCAAGCUAUAUCUAGAAUCUCUUGGGCAUGUUAAUUUGGUAUCCUGGAAAUUGUAAUUUCGAAUGUACCUUGCCUAUGCUCUGAUCGGCUGAAAGGGCCAGUUCCACAUUUUAUUCUCUGUGGGCAGAGGGGACAGCAUUAUGCAUGAUCAUUUGUAUAUCCCACAUCUAUGGGACAUACAGUAUCAAAUGAUGUGAAUUAUAGAACCAUCCUGCUUCCAUUAAGUUUCUGUAAGUGGUCUUAGCAUUCAACAAGCAUCACAAUUGCUUGUUUGUAAGGUAGAAGUCACUUAGAGAAGGAUCUUGCUCUAUGAGAAGCACAUAUCAAAAAUUCUGCCAGGUUCAGUUAAGUUUGAACAAAGACAAUAGGAGAGGUAUUACCAAUAACAGCCGGCCAGAAUGACAUCAUUGUAAAGAUUGGCUAGGAGGCAAAACUUCAUUUCUCAGGGUAAACUAUGCAACUUCUAGAGUGCUGCAAAAGAACCUCACUUAGAACAAAUGCUUAGAAACAUUACAUUUUGGAGUACAAUUCCCAGAAUUGUUAGUUGGGGAAUCCAGGGAGUUGUAAAUCCCAAAAGAAGAGCUUCCAGACUGCUUCAAACCAGCAUAUCCUCUUGUCCAUGGAAGAGCACCCACAAAGACUUUUUUCAUUUGUUUAAGCAGAUCUGUUUCUCUCUCUUUUCCCUAGCAAAGCUAUUUCCUCCGUUGAAGUCCAUGGAGAACUUGCUAUUAUCAGAGCAGCUCUUUAGCUUUGACUGGGAGGCCAGGGCAGGAGACAAACACAGAAAACAUGGGAUGGAGUGCUGAAUGCACAUUUUGCUCCUAAUAUUAUUCUUUCCACCACCCCCAUUUCUCACCAUGAAUGAGAUAGUGAAACUCCUAGAAGAAGCAAUGCUGGGAUUAGCCUAAAGUGAAUGCAGGUGAAUUUUGAUGGAGAAGUCAUACAACCCCAAGUACAUUUUCUUAGAAGUAAGUCCUGUUAAACCUAAUGCAGCUUCCUUUUGAAUAGACAUGCAGGGGAAUGCAGUAUAAAUGAAGAGCAUAGCCAAUGGAGAGUUGGGAGCUAGGGCCCUUCCACACUACACUAUUAUAGUGCUAUGAUGAUCCCACUUUACCUGCCACAACAACAUCCUAUGGAAUCUUGUGUCUGUUAUAUACUAACUGCUUUAUCACACUAGUGGGCAAACGGGAUUUA